GACUCUGCAUUUGCCAACAGACCUCCCCUUGAUAAUCAACGGCUAAGGAGGUUUGUUACAAAACUUUAUGUGAGUUCUGGGCUGUCCAAUCUAUUUUGCAUGAUGUGUUACUUCAACUUGAAGCAAUGUCCAAAGUUCCUUUUUCUAUGUUGCUGGUCAAGGAAACAAACUUAUGAUGCAGCAGCAGCAGCGUGCCCUCUUCGAUUAAAGUUGAGAAAACAAAGGUUUGGGAAAUUCAGUUGAAGACGGGGUUUCCUAAGAAAGGCAAGUGGUUGAAAAGUACAAGGCAUUCAUCGUUUCUGCAAUUAAUAAUGGCGUUAGGAUUGGGUGGAGUUUUGAGGUAUAAAGAGUAGAGUGUACUUCGUGAUUCCAAUAUGAUGACGCACGUACCUAAUCGCUGCAGAGGGAGUUGUUAGAUGAGAAUCAUGUUUUGUGUGUGGGUAUAAACAGUUGGUGGGUAGGAAUAGGAAAAGAGGGGAUUACUUGAACAACACACAAUGCACAGAUCACAAAAUGUUGAAGCAACACAUGAAUGAAUGCUGCGUAUUGAAAGCAAAUCAUGCAUACGUGCGUGGGAAGUCGACCACAACACUUGAAUUGGACUGGUAGCCCAAAACACGAAACUUUGUAUAUGGUGCAUGGUAUUGUUUGGAUCAGCAAAACAAGACUCGUGGAGGAGCAAAAUUUGGGGUAUAGAAAAGUCGUGAAUCUAACAGAAUUUGACAGUAUCAGGCGAGUCGCUACAAAUUCAUGCGCACCACAAGUGUAGAAGAAAAUAAAGAUGAAUGAUUUCGCGUCAUUUUGUUGGAAGGAUGAAUGGCAAGAAAGGAGAGUGAUGCGAUAAUGAUAAUAAACUAAACAGGGCUGGCGGAGGAGGCAGAACAGAAGGGGACGUCGCCCACCGAUCUCUACUUGCUGCACAAGCUAAAAAGAUUGCAAAAUGACAAGGCAGCUUCCUCUUUGGCCCCCAGAUUCUGGAGCCAGAAUACGUCCCUCUCCCCAGAACAUCAAAACCCCCCACCUAAAUAUAGGACUUGGAUAUGCUUUAUCCCCGUGAAUGAAUCAACCUUAUCGCAGCCACAUGAAUAGAAAACCUGCAUGGGAGGUUGAUGAUGAUGCAACCGCCUUGGAUUUUGAUACGGCAGGACUGAGCAGAGCCAACUUUUCCAACGGUUUUGUGUUCGGAACCGCCGCGUCUGCUUAUCAAGUGGAGGGCAUGGCCCUCGCCGCAGGCCGUGGCCCCAGCAUUUGGGAUGCUUUUAUCCAAAACAAUCCUGGGGUUAUUGCAAACAAUGGCACUGCAGACGUUGCUGUGGAUCAGUAUCAUCGAUAUAAAGAAGAUGUGGAUAUCAUGGCAAAUCUAUACUUUGAUGCAUACCGCUUCUCCAUUUCAUGGUCCAGAAUUUUCCCAAAUGGAACUGGCGAAGUAAAUUGGGAAGGCGUUGCCUACUACAAUCGGCUGAUUAAUUACUUACUGGAGCGAGGUAUUACUCCAUAUGCAAAUCUUUAUCAUUACGACCUCCCUUUAGCUCUUGAGUUGAAAUACCAAGGAUUAUUGAGCCGCAAUGUUGUGAAAGACUAUGCAGAUUAUGCAGAAUUCUGUUUCAAGACUUUUGGAGACAGAGUGAAGAAUUGGAUGACAUUUAAUGAACCAAGAGUAGCGGCUGCUCUUGGUUAUGAUAAUGGCUUCUUUGCUCCCGGAAGGUGUUCAAAAGCAUUUGGAAAUUGUUCGGUCGGCAAUUCAGCCACUGAACCUUACAUUGUUGCACACAAUUUGAUACUAAUGCAUGCAGCUGCAGUUCAAAGAUAUCGAGACAAUUACCAAGAAGAGCAAAAAGGAAGGAUUGGAAUCCUCUUGGAUUUUGUUUGGUAUGAACCUCUUACAAGAUCAAAGGCUGACAAUCGUGCAGCUCAAAGAGCUAGAGACUUUCAUGUCGGAUGGUUCAUCCAUCCUAUUGUGUAUGGGGAGUAUCCAAGAACUAUGCAAGUACUUGUUGGGAAUAGGCUCCCCAAGUUCACUGAGGAAGAAGUCAAGAUUGUGAAGGGUUCAAUAGAUUUUGUUGGCAUCAAUCAGUAUACUACGUACUACAUGUAUGAUCCUCAUCAACCAAAAUCAGAAAUCCUGGGCUACCAGCAAGACUGGAAUGUUGGAUUUGAAUAUGCAAAGAAUGGAAAGCCUAUUGGUUCAAGAGCAUAUUCAAAUUGGCUGUACCAAGUACCAUGGGGCAUGUACAAGGCAUUAAUCUACAUCAAGGAGCGUUAUGGAAACCCAACAGUGAUAUUAUCUGAAAAUGGAAUGGAUGAUCCAGGGAACUUGACACUUGCUGAAGGGUUGCAAGAUGCUGCAAGGAUCAAUUACUACAGAGAGUACCUGAGUCAAAUGAAGAAGGCUAUUGAUGAUGGAGCGAACGUGGUGGGGUACUUUGCAUGGUCCUUGCUGGAUAACUUUGAAUGGAGAUUGGGAUACACAUCUAGGUUUGGCAUUGUCUAUGUUGAUUUCGAUACCCUCAAUAGAUACCCCAAGAUGUCUGCAUAUUGGUUCAAGCAGCUACUUACCAGAAACAAGCAGUGAACACAACUGGCGAAGAUACCCAUAAUAAUGUCUCGUGUGGUUUUGCCCCAAAUACGCUUGUGUUAUUAACGAGUCAUCUCUGAUUUCAAAAUAAGUGCU